AUGUCAAACAAAUUCUCACCUUUGGUAGGUGAUCAAACAUCUCAACCACCACCUCUUUUUCCUCCACCUUCUCAACAAUCACCAAAAGGUAGAAAGAAAUCAUCCAAUAAACCAAAAAAAAUAACUAAAAAGAAAAAAGAAGAAGGAAAGACAGUAACAACAAAACACUCACCAUCCAAAAAAGAUAGUUCUACUCAACCUUUAUCAUCCAACUCUUCAACAUCAUCCUCUGCUAAACGCAAGCUUUUUAGCUUUAGUGAGCCACCAACUGAUGACUCGCCAACAGUUGGCCCACCUCCUCCACUGGUUGGAAAGAAGCCCGUUCCAAAGUCAAAGGCUGGGAAGCCUGCUGGAAAGAAGCCCGUUCCAAAGUCAAAGGCUCCAAACGCCAAUCGACCAUCAAUCAUCUUCAAAGAGGGUGAAUCGUUACCAGACUCUCAAUUAUCAUACACUUCAUACGUAAUGAAGUAUUCAACAAUUGUGAGUAAUGAAACUCAAAAGAAAAAGAAGAAGAAAAAAGAAUCCAACUCUUCAUCAUCAUCAUAUUGGACGUUCAAAUCUAUGGACAUUACAGAUGAACAAUCAUCAUCAUCAUCAUCAUCAUCAUCAUCAUCAUCAUCAUCAUCAUCAUCAUCAUCAUCAUCAUCAUCGUCAUCGUCAUCGUCAUCGUCAUCGUCAUCGUCAACAACGUCCAACAAUAUGGACACUACAGAUGACCAAUCAACAACAACAACAACAACAACAACAACAACAACAACAACAACAACAACAACAACAACAACAAUAUCACCAGUACCAACAAACGACGAACUAAUUCAGAGCAUUAGAAAGUUGGCCAAUUUUAUUGGAAAUCAAACCACAACCUUUCUCAAUCUAAUAGCCACCAACAACAAGUGCUUUGAGUCAAAUGGAACACCUGUUCCAUUUGUUGUUAAGUUUUUUCAAACUCAAUGCAAGCUAACUGAAAAUCAACUAAAAGAAAAUCUCUCCACUUUUAGAUUUGACAGAACUUCUAUUGAAUGGAUAAUAAGAUAUUUUGCUCUUGGAGGAGACGCUAUUUUUUCAGCAAUGGGUAAACAUCCGGUACCUCGUAUUGACACCGUGGAGGAUCUAUCCAAUGAUUCAAUUUACUCAUUAUGCUUUUUCAUGAAACAUGUUGCUCCAUUUUUGGAAAAAGAGAUGCAAAAGAGACCCAAAAUGCUACAAAUGCUUCAAAAGUUGAGACAGUUCCGUUGUAACAAUUCAAAAAACUGGGUCAAUGUGAUUGUGAUCAACGUUAAAAAUAAUAUCAUGGUUUCAACAUAUAACCAUUUAAAACAGUUAUUAAACACCUACAAGGAUAGGAAGAUAAAGGAUCUUGGAAAGAACCAAGAAGAAAUUAAAAAGGUUAAAAAGUUGGUUCGUGAUACUAUUUAUAAUUUUUCUAACACUAGAUUAAAAAGAGCUGAGAAAGACCAACAACCAGUUCAAGAAGAAGGUGAAGAAGAUGAAGAAGGUGAAGAAGAUGAAGAAGGUGAAGAAGAUGAAGAAGGUGAAGAAGAAGAAGAUGAAGAAAAGAAAGCAGACCGUGUUGUCACAUAUGAUCUAUCCGAUGGUGUCUACAAAACCAUAGAAAUCCUUGGUGGUUAUAACCAACAAGUUAUUGAUGAAUAUAACAACUUAUCAGAUGACAAGAAGAAGAAAAAGGAAGCAAAAUAUGACAAUCGGGUGAGCAGAAGAAAAAAUAUUAUCAAAAAGAAAAAGGAAGAUGCUCACAAAAGAAGGGAAGCUAUCAUAAAGGAAAGAAGAGAAGCUUCUAUCAAGUUGCAAAAGUCCCCAAAUACAUCUUUGACAGUUGAUGAUUUGACAAACUCACCAUCUUCAUCACCCAACACAUCUUCACCACGCAACCCAAAAGGUAAAUUCAAUCAAAGAAUGAAACAUGACAGCAUUCGAAUCCGCGAAUUUGAUAUCCAAUUCAUGUUUACAAGAGAACAUGCUAAAAACCUUUUGAAAUGUUUGGGUUUAAAAAAGGCCAAUGUCGAAAAAGAUCACGAGGUUAACCCAAGCUAUGCCAUCGCCACUCUCUUCCCAGGCUUGUACAAAUACGAUCCAAGGCUUUUCACAAACACCAAGAGGGUGUAUCUUCCGGCCACACCUCCCACUGAUGUUGAAAAACAAAAGGAUGAGGAAAGGAGGAAAACAAACAAUGACAAUAGAUUUGCAAGCGCAUUAAAGAAAUAUAAAGGUAAUGAAGAUGUGGCAAGGGUAGCUGCUACUUUGCAAACUGGAGAAAAGGCAAAGAAUGCAAUUGAACAACACAACAAAUUGCAUGGUUUUAAAAAAGGAUCUCAUGAUAAAAAUCGAGCACUUCUUGCAAAAGGCACAAUACCUUUUUCGAAAGAAGAAAUGUUUCAAGAGAUAGUAAACAAAGGAGUAAAGUAUGAAAAUACCUCAACUACCACUACACCAUCUACUUCUUCUUCUUCAUCAUCUUUACCAUAUGUCACACAAGUUGCAAUGGAGAAAGAAUUUGCUGGAAAGUCUUUGAAGGAUGUCAUUGCCAUUGGUAUCGAUCCCAACACGUGCUCAAUUACUGUCGUUAACAAUCACGAUGACAAGGUUCUGGACAUGAGAAUGGAUACUCUUAUGGUUAAAAGAAACACCAAGUUUCUUUUAGAGAAAAUCUCUUGUCAUAUGGGAAAGGCAAUCAAAAGUUUUGAAUCCUGUUUACCAUCUCUCAAGUUCAAUGUCCUUAACCCUCAAACAUUCCAAUCUAGGCUGGACUAUUAUGAAAAGUAUUGUGAUUAUUUCGAUAUCUAUUUCGAAGCCAUCAAUGAUCCAAUCGUACUAUCUUGGAAGAGGAACUUUGCUUUCAAAAAGCAAAAGUUGAACAAAGAGUUUUACCAACAAUUUGACAACUACAUUCUUGAUCUCUUUAAAGAUCAUUUCCCAACCAAGUAUGCAAGUAUGAACGAUUCUGAAAGGAAUCAGUACAUUCAAGACAAUACAAUCAUAUUUUUUGGAAAUGCCAAAUUUGGACACAACACUCGUGGCAAGGUAACAACAUUUGCAGCCAAGACUGUUGCCAACAAGUUAAAGUCCAAACAAUAUUCCGUUGUCUAUAUUAAUGAAUACAACACGUCAAGAUGCUCACCUAUCAGCGAAGCAUGUCAAUCCGCUGCUAAAGGUAAUAGUUUCCUUCGAUGCAGUGACCACCGGCAUCGUUUAGCACUCGUCAAGCAAGACACCCAUUCAAAAGAAUACAAAGAGUCGUUGGGGUUCCUCAAAUCCAUCGAUGAUUUGGACAAGAAUCUCCAAUCACACAAUCUUUUGAAUGUGGCAGGUCAAUGUCGAACAAGGAAGGUGACACCGUCAGAUGUUGCCGGUUCGGAGACUGAAUCGCGUCAGGACUCUCAAAAAGUUGCCUCGACCCAAUCGUCUUCGUCAUCAACAAAAAAGUUCGACUAUCGACACGGACAGAAUAAAUAUGGUCCAGAGAUUAGAAAAGCAAAGGAUAAAAGAGAAAAGAAACCAAACAUUUUCAAAGCAUUGUUACAAUCAUCUUUUAUAAGAUACCAAAUCUUUCAAAAUGUAAAAGAGAUACAUCAAAUCAAGUUGUUACCUACUAUACGUAACCUUAGAGAUGUUACAUUUGGAUAUUUGAUAGAGAAAAGAUUAGAUAGCUACUAUGAAAUCAAGAUGAAUGAUCCGUCGUUGUAUUGUAUCGGUGACUUUGAUGUCAAGUUCUUUGCUUACAACACUAGCUGGGAAAGAUUCAUGCAAUUUUGGGAGUUGGCAGUGACCACACCGACACGUCUAGAGAUUGAUGCAAAUGCAAUCAACAAGCGGUCAUACUCUCUCACUCUAAUCAACCGAACCUUUUACAUGUUGGACGAAUGCUGUAAAACAGGUAAUCUUGACAUUGUCAAAUUCCUUCAUCGCUCUCGGUUCAACUAUGCCUUGGCCGAUCAAUACGCCAUCCAAAACAAGCACUUUCACAUUCUCGAAUACCUCUACACUGAAAUGCACUUUUCAAAGUCGCAGGUUAGAGACGGGGCCAAUUUGGCUGCUCGAUACGACUGCUUUGACAUAUUCAAGUUCAUCCUUGACAAACAUCCCGAUGCUUUCUAUGCCUACCACCAUGUACUGUUUAGGAAUGCGGCGAGGUACGGACGGUUGGAUAUGGUGGUCCAUCUCGACAAGCUGUUUCGAGACGAGCUGAUCAAUACCACCUUUAAUCUCUACGAAGUGUUUUCAGAGACGGGGUCAAUCGAGGUCGUAGAGUUCUUUAUCAACCAGGGGUACCUCAAACCAGAGAGACUGACUACCAGCCACUAUCUAUGUCAUCUUACAGGACUGUCGUUGCAUAGACGGUAUGAUUUGAUUCGAUGGAUCAACAAAAAAGCCAACCGUCCAGACGACACCAUGGAAAACGAAGACAUACUGACACGUAUUAGAAAAUCGUUUGAGUGGAACGAUAUUACCUGGCUCCAAUACUUUGUAGAAAAAUAUUAUCAAAUCUAUUUGGAUACGAUCGAACCUGAAGUAUUGUCUUGGAACGCCAAACUGACACCAUACCACAUCAUUGAACGUAUCAAGCUACAUUCUCACAACUAUGUAGAUUCAUUGGACAUUAUUCAGUAUCUACAUGGCAAGGGACUAUAUUCAUGUGAUCAAGGUGCCAUGGACUUGGCAGCAGGAAAAGGGUUGUAUGAUGUAGUUUUAUUUUUACACUCUCAAACCACUGCCGGCUGUACAACGUUGGCAAUGGAUGAUUCUGCUCAAUACGGCCAUUACAAUAUUGUAACAUGGUUACAUGCCAACAGAACCGAAGGAUGCACGAAAAAUGCAUUGGAUCGAGCUGCGACACACGGUCACAUUGAAAUUGUAAAGUUCCUUGAUCAACACAGAUCUGAAGGAUGUACAACAAGUGCAAUGUUUGGAGCAUCUUUCAAUGGUCACAUGAUCAUUUUAAAAUAUUUAAAUGAACGCCGAAGUGAAGGAUUUUCAAUCCAUGCAAUCUCCAAUUCAAAAUCAACCAAAGAAGCAAUCUAUUAUUUGUUUAAUAACAAACAUAAUUUAAUUUCAACAACAUCAACCUAUUUAAAUAUUUCAGAAGCUAUAUCAACAUCACUAAAUCAUGGCGACUUGGAAUUAUUUAGAUAUCUGAUGGCAAUUGCCAAGGAAUCGUCUCAACCAAAUGACACGGACAGUCAACAUCAAUGUUCAUAUUCACUCUAUGCCAAAAAUGUUUGUUGGAAAUACCCUCAAGUAUUAAAAGAACUCAUUAGAGGAAUGGGAGAUGCAAAAACAAAAAAGAGUUUAUCUACUAUAGAAGAAUAUGUAGUGAUUGAAAAGACAAAGGGUUCAUUUGAAUCUCUUUGUUUAAUCUCUAAAUACCUAGAUUAUAGUUAUGAACAUUAUCAAGCUGUUAUUCAAAAUUAUAAUCAUCCAAAAAUAAUUUAUCAUCAAUUAUCUCCUUCUAAUUUAUAUUUAUAUUUAAAUAAUUAA